AUACUUAUGACGCAAACUGACAGUCAGACCAUAACAAGGAAAAAGAAUGAUCAGCAGUAUAUAAAGUUGAGGAUGUUUGACCGCUUUGUCUUCUGUCAAUUCUCUUGACAGACACACACAAGUAAUAUUUCAAAACGGUUUAAACUUUUCAGAAGAUUGAAUCAAAUGAGAUGAAGAAAAUGAAACCAUUUUUAACUUUUUUCCUGUUUUUCUCAGUUUUACUACGCCAUUUUUUCUUCGUGCAAUGCAUGAGAGAAGCCAAAGCUUCAGGUGACAUUAUUAUAGGAGGAUUGUUCCCAAUCCACGAAGGUGUUGGACGUAAAAGUGUAAAUGAUCCAUGGACCUGUAACAGGUUAAGCGUUGGCCGGCUGGCUCAGUCUCUCGUUCUGGUGCACGCAGUCGAGGAGAUAAAUAAGAAUCGUGUGUUGGGGAACAUCACCCUGGGAUAUCACAUAGUGGACUCCUGUGGUGAUGUUACAACUGCCCUCAAAAACACCCAAUCCUUCAUGAAGGCAAACAAGAUAUCAAUCGCAGUUACAAGGCAACUAAACCUGGAGAACAUCCCUCAGAUAAGUUAUGGUGCAACAUCUGGUCUCCUGAGUGAUAAAACACGCUUCCCAAGCUUCAUGAGGACUGUACCAGAGGACGAUCACCAGGCAAAAGCCAUUGUCAAGAUUCUUAAAGAUCACAAUUGGACCUGGGUUGGUGUAGUGACGACUGAUGGUGAAUAUGGUCGCUAUGCACUUGAACGCCUCCGGUACCACGCAACCAAGGACAACAUCUGCUUUGCCUACACUGCCAUUCUGCCAGAGUUUUUCGCUAACGAAAGACUGGAGGAGAGCAUCAAUUCCACAAUCAAGAGCAUCGUAGAACAUAGAAAUGUGAAAGUCAUUAUAUCCUUCGCAAAAGUCAAUCAUAUGAUGUACGUUUUCAAUGGAGUUCUCGAGGAUCCUCGUGGCAGAGAGAAAGUUUGGUUGGCUAGUGAUAAUUGGUCACAAUCAACCAAUGCACUUAAUACCAAAACAUGGAAUUUGUCUUAUGUUGGAACAGUCUUUGGGAUCACACUUAAAUCUGGAAACACAUUUAAGUUUGUACAGUUUCUCCACAGCCUUAGAAAUGAAACGCACAAAAACAACCCAUUCUUGGAAGAAUUUUUAAAGGAUGACAAGGAAAAAGGCAUUGGGGAAUUGAUCAACAUGACAUAUCCAUAUUCUGUGUUUAGUAUUGAGUUGGCGGUUACAGCAAUUGCUCAGGCUGUUAAAGAUCUCUGCAUCAGGCAAAAGUGCAACAUAUCCACAUUACAGCCCAAGGAGUUCCGAAAAGCCUUGCGAAACGCCACCUUUACCAUGGAUGGAAAAACCUAUGAAUUUGAUGACAACGGUGACGUAAACUCGGGUUAUGAUGUCAUCUUGUGGAAGGAGACUUCACCAUCUGUUAUAGACAUGAAUAAUUUUGUAGGACAUUAUGACAUAGAGAAAUCAGAGCUGAAAUUCUCAAGAAAACAAGAUUUAUACAAUCUCACACAAGUAAUAAUUUCCAAGUGCUCAAACAGCUGUCAACCAGGCCAAAUCAAGAAAAGUGCUGACGGCCAGCCUUCCUGUUGCUAUCAGUGUGAAUCCUGCCCCACCAACUACUUUUCCAACAUCACCGAUUCAACUGAAUGUUACCAGUGUGAUAGCAAUUUCAGUUACUCUAAAGCAGGGGCUUCUCGAUGCAAAGAUAAAGAAGUUCAAUACUUUAAGUAUGGUGAUGUGUAUCACAUUGUCCUGCUGGUGUUUACUGGUCUUGGAGCACUGCUUACCCUCGUUGUUGGGAUCAUCUUCGUCGCAAAUUGGAGGACCCCUGUUGUGCGUUCAUCUGUGGGCCCCGUUUCCAUCCUGCUCCUCACCUCUCUUUUUUUCACAUUUGGUAGUGUAGUAUUAUUUGGUGGUGAACCCAAUCCACUGCAGUGCCAGGCACGGCAUGUGUUGUUUGGCUUAAGUUUCACAUUGUCUGUCUCCUGCAUCCUGGUGAGGUCAUUUAAAAUCGUUUUGGCCAUGGAAUUCAACCCCGACACCAAACAUAUCCUCAAGAAGCUCUACAAGCCGUACCUUAUUAUACCAGCAUGCAUGGCAGGCCAAGUGAUAAUCUGUACUCUUUGGCUUAUAUAUGAACCUCCAAAAGAAGAAUGGAAGGCAAUUGAAAUGAACCGUUUGCAUUAUUGUCAUGAGAAAUCAAAACUUGCAUUUGGAUUAUUGCUAGGCUACAUUGGCUUUUUAGCUCUUAUUUGCCUGGUUGUUGCAUUCAAGGGGAGAAAACUCCCAGAAUGUUAUAAUGAGGCUAAGUUCAUCACUUUCUCUAUGCUGAUCUAUUUCAUUGCCUGGAUAAUAUUUGGGCCUGUUUAUGUGAAACUAUCGGACAAAAACAUGUUCCUGCCAGCGGUUGAAAUGGUCGUCAUCCUCAUCUCAGCCUAUGGCAUUCUUUUUUGUCAGUUCUUCACAAAAUGUUACAUUAUUCUGUUCAAGCGUGAAGCAAACACAGAGAAAGCAUUCCGCAAAGAAAUUAGGAAUUACUCGGAAAAAGACAGAGGUGGAAUAAAAAACUUUGCUUUUUCUAUGGAUUCAUUGUCAAAAAAAGAACCAUCAGAUUCACUGAGUGAUCAGAAGUCAUCUGUACACCCUACUAUGAGUAUGCUCUCUUCUCACUCACUGUCAAACCCAAAGUCCAACCUGCUCUGUCCUUGCGGCUGGCCGCUGAUUGAAACCAAUCAGGCUUACGAUGGCCCCAUCGCGGUGACCCCUCACCCCUCCCACCCCCGGCCUAAUCACCUGCUGAUUGGCCCACGCAGGGCCCCCUCCCGUCGGCACGGAAGAGAGAGGAAACAAAAGGAAAGCACACGAAGAGUUGUGUUUCAGGGCAAUGAUGAGUCAGCGAUAUUGACAGGGGACGAGAGACUAGUUCCG